UAUCCCUCCGCAGACAGGCAGACCACUCCUCAAGCAGCGCAGUUCGUAGGAAGGAACUGCUUCAUUUUAACCCCAGCUCUAUCGGCUAAUGGACAAACUCUUUGUAAAUGCUUUUUAAGAAUCCUCACUCUAGGAAGGCAAAGUCCAGCUGCUCAGCAGGCCCAGGCCUUGAGUUGUACCUGAAGGGGUUUAACUUCACUGGUGAGCCACCUUGGCUUCUCUGCACCUGAGUGACGACAUCUCCCAAUUCCAAGUCUUUCAUAUCCGAUCUACGUGUGAGAAAACGAUACCAAUCAGGAUGAACACCACUGCACUGUCCAAAUGUGACUUUUCCUUCCUUGAAGAGGGCUUCUCUGCUCGGGACAUUGUUGAGCAGAAAAUCAAUGAGUCAUCCUUGACAGACGAUAGGGAUGCAUUCUACGUCUGUGACCUUGGUGAUGUUUUACGAAAACACCUCCGCUGGGCGAGGGCGUUGCCUCGCGUCACGCCGUUCUAUGCCGUCAAGUGCAACGACAGCCAGGCGGUAGUUAUGACUCUGGCAUCACUGGGAACUGGCUUCGACUGCGCCAGCAAGACGGAGAUCCAGCUUGUUCAGUCUCUUGGAGUUGAUCAAAGUAGAAUCAUCUAUGCCAAUCCCUGCAAGCAGGUUUCCCAGAUAAAGUAUGCGUCUGCGCAUGGCGUCCAGAUGAUGACCUUUGACAGUGAAGUGGAACUGAUGAAAGUUGCUCGCUGUCAUGAUGAUGCAAAGUUGGUUCUGCGUAUUGCCACAGACGACUCAAAGGCGGUGUGUCCCCUAAGCGUGAAGUUCGGGGCUCCUCUUAAAGCCUGCCGCGGUCUCCUAGAGAAGGCAAAGGAACUGGGCCUGGAUGUGAUCGGUGUUAGUUUUCAUGUUGGCAGCGGCUGCACUGAUGCUGAGACCUACACCAAAGCUAUUGCUGAUGCUUGCUGUGUCUUUGAUAUGGGGAGAGAGCUGGGCUUUACCAUGGAUCUCCUGGACAUUGGAGGAGGCUUUCCUGGUUCAGAUGACACUGAACUCAAAUUUGAAGAGAUCACAGUAGUGAUCAACUCGGCCCUUGAUAAGUACUUUCCAGUUGACUGCGGGGUCAGGGUCAUCGCUGAACCGGGACGCUUUUAUGUAGCUUCUGCCUACACUCUGGUUGUAAAUAUCAUUGCCAAGAAGGUCAUCAUGGACGAGGACUCAUCUUCUGAUGAAGAAGACGAAGGGACCAGUGACAGAACUCUGAUGUAUUAUGUCAACGAUGGGGUGUAUGGCUCCUUCAACUGCAUCCUCUAUGACCAUGCUCACUGUCUGCCAACGUUGCAUAAGAAACCAAAGCCAGAUGAAUCAGUUUACCCUUGCAGUAUAUGGGGCCCAACAUGUGAUGGUCUGGAUCGGAUAGUGGAGCUGUGCACCCUGCCUGACCUCCAGGUGGGCGACUGGCUGGUUUUUGAGAACAUGGGUGCCUACACCGUAGCAGCAUCCUCCACCUUUAAUGGCUUCCAAAGGCCUGACAUCUAUUACGUCAUGUCCCGUCCCGCCUGGCAAUGUGUGCAGCAAAUCUGCUCUGAAGGCCUUCCAGCUCCUGCAGAGGAGUCGGCUCUGUUCGACUUCCCAUCGUGCUGCGGCAGAGAGAGCAGCUUGGAAAUGCCCACGAAGCCCUGCCCUGCCAACGUGGUCUAGAACACGAAGCAACGUUCCUUAGAGUUAGCAUCUUUGAAUAAUAAUAUUAUUAAUAAGCAGGUAGUGUUCAUCAAGUUCCAAACAUGUUAAAUGAGGCCAGUUACUUGACAUGAGGGGGGGGUCAUGUUGAUGCACACAUUUCAAUGUUCUGUCCAGAAGUAGGAAUCAACCUUAAGAGGCUGAAUCAACUCAGACCGUCUAUCUACCAGAAAUAAAUAAAAUAGCAGCUUUAUUAAAUGGAUCUGCUGCUAGCAUUAGUUUAGUUCACUAAAUGCUUUUUCUUUCCCAUUUCAGAACGGGGGGGGGAGGUUAAUAAUUCUGAGGUAAGAUGAAGCACAGCUUUGAGUGAACUUUUCAGUAGCACUACUGUGACUGUUUAGAUUGCAGACAGCGUUAUCUGUGCUGACUGACCUGCUGGGUCAGCCGCCAUGUUGCCCUGCUAGCUACUUAAGCAUCAGUCAGAGGUGGAAUUCAGAUCCUCUAGUGGCUGCUAUCAUUAUCUUUUCCAUGAUCACCACUUCUGAACAGAACUCAAGUGUUAAUCUUUAAGAUUAGGAAAAAAGUUUUCAGUUUUGAUCAGUCAAUAUAUUUACAUGAAUUGUUAGUAAAGUGCUUUUGAACAAAGCAGAGAAAUAUCUUCAAGAUUAACACUUAAACAUGGGGACUCAAAAAGCAGACUGCACCCCCUCUUUUUUUUCUCUAUUUUUAACUUGUGGAAUUAUAUCUAUUCAUAACAAUUUUGACAAAGUUUAACGAUGCAUGUGAACUGGAUAUGAAAGACGGGGAUUGCACAUUCAUAUCGCUUUCCUAUGGAAACUUUUUGAAGUUUUGUAUUUUUUUAUUAAAUAAAGUAUUAGGUGCAGAACCGCAGCAUGUGUCGUGGUUCAAACAUAGAAACUGAGAAUGUUACUGAACCAGCACAAGCCUCAGGAGCUCCAUCUGGUGGCUGUUUUUAGUUUUUACCCUCAAACUAAUGUAAAUGGUAAAAACUUCAGAUCCGUGCAAAACAAAAUAAAUGAUACAGAUGAACAUUAGUUGCAUAUCAACAAUGCUCGCUGGUAAGCUUGGCCACAAUUAAUCUGUAAUGGUAAAGAAAUGUAUUUAUUUAUACCGCUACUGAUGUGAUGGUUUAGCUUUAAAAAACCUUUUGUAGCAAUGAUGCGAUUGUGAUGGACCAUAAAGUAGAGCAGAAUUACGCUUCAUAUCCUGACAAAUUCCUGCGAUGGACGGGCGACCUGUGCAGGCUGCACCCCGCCUCUCGCCGUAGGCAGCUAGAGAACGGCACCAGCCCCCCUCGCCACCCCACCUGGGCUAAAGCGUGUCAGAAAAUGGAUGGAUGGGUCCUGAGAAAUUACAGUUUUCAUUCUUGUCUCUCUGUUGGUGUCGUAUAUCUUCGUACCAGUGUAUUUAUGGAGGAGAGUUUUCCAAUGUGCUAACAUCUAUAAUCUAAAAAUUUCCUAAUUCACUCCUUAAAACUUUGUUUAAUGUGUUUUUAUUAAAGAUUAUAAAUGCAGUAUAGAGGAGGGACUUUUAUUUACAAUAUUAUUGUAGCCAUUGGCUGCCUAAUCAGAAGUGCUCCAGCAUUGCAGUAACUUUGGAAAGCAAUCAGCAGCAAAUGCUGCUUCGCUUUCUAAGUCGCUGUUUAAGGGACAUUUUGGGCAAAUUAGAAAACAGCUCACAGAUAUUUGCUUUAAUUAUUGAUACAUAAUUGUAUAAAAUAGAAAUUGAACAACAGUUUUUUAAGGCUGAUUAUUUUCACAUUACUCUAUCUAGUCCCUGAAGCAUUGCAGAUUUUUUUUUCAAGCCGUUAUUCCUUUUAUUUCCUCCAUUUACAUGUUAAACAUAACAACGAAUGUUGCACAAGAUUAGGAAUAUAAACACUAAACAUUUUUUAAUAAAUGAAAGAAAACAGGAAUCUAUACUGAAUGGACAGGCUGAAUAUAAAACAUAACAGCUGAUAAAAGGAAAGAAAAAAGCCAAUAUCAGCAGAAAGUUUUGGUCUAUUCUGAGUUUAAUCUGAGUUUAAGACCCUUAACCCCACACUGCUCUUGGGCGCCACACAGUGGCAGCCCGAGGGGGUUGGUUAAAUGCACGGAGGGAAUUUCUCCAGUGUGAUAUCAAUAAAAUUCAAUUAUUAUUAUAAACAAUAGAUAUUGAGAAUGCUUUAUAUUUUGCAAAAUAUAAAGACAUUUCAGAAGCAUGUCACACAUAAAAUGUAUUUACAGUAGGUAAAGGCCCACCUUCUCAACACAAACAUUUAAGCACAAGUUAUGAGCGUCAAAUUAGUGCAUUUUAUAUAUAUGCAGUUGAAAAGAUUUUUAACACCAAAUAUAAAUCACUAAGAUCUCCAACUUAACUGCCUUAGCAAAUACCUCUACAGAAAUCUUUAAAGGCAGGACAGAGAUACCCGCUAUUGGAGACUGUAAAACAUUUCUUUUUUUUUUUUAAAUGAGUUGUCCUACUAAUAAAUGUGAAUUAGUCUGCAAGCUAAAUCUUUUACAGCAUGCUAUAAAAAAAAAAACCAGAUGCUUCAGGAGUUCUUCCAAUAAAGUACAAAGUUUAAGUUUUACCACCAAUCUGUCAGAUCAAGGUUGGACUGACAUCACUACUUUUCAGUCUGCAAUGCCCUUAUAGGUACCAUUGACUGAAAGCAUCGGGGAGAUUAUUCAUAUCUAUGAAAAUUACAUGUAAAAAAAAAAA